GCAUCAGCGACAUCAGCGUCAUCGUCGCACAAGAAAACGUCAAAUCACCGAUCAAAUAAUAUUCGGGCGUCAAAUUAUCAAAACAAAACUGAACGUGGUAUAUCAAGUUAACUCGUUUUAUAAACAGAAAGUUUACUAAAUCAAAAUGCCUAAACCCACAAAAUUGCAUACAAAAGGGAAACCAACAUCUCUGCAAAAGCCUUUUAAAGUGGAGAAGGACACGGCGGAAGGCGAUCCCGACGAAUCUAUCAGACAAUUUCAACUGGAACUGUGCUGGUGCGUUCAACAGCUAGAGAAAACAUUAAGCCAGAAGAAAGGAAAUGAAAAGCAGUUGCAAGAAGCAUGGAAGGUACUCACAGUACUGAAGAACAACAAUCAACCACUUGUACGUAAGAGGCAGUUAAUGCGAACUCAUUUCGGAGACUACAGAGCUAAAAUGGCCGCCGAAGAAAAGAAAUUAGCAAAAAUGGCCAGUAAAAUCAAGAUAUCAGAUGUUCCUGACAAACCCAAAGCAACAUUCUUGAGGAAAUCUGCAUUUUUAACAACAGGUGAUGAAUCUUUCCGAUUCAACUUCAAUUUAGCUCCUGAACAAGUAGACAGUUCUAAUUGCAAUAGUGUUGCAAACAAUGAAAACACUGAUGUGUCAAAGGAAACUAUUAACAACAGCAGCACUAAAGCUGAUGAGGUUGCUAGCAGAAAAAUUGUUAGUGAAGAUAAUUCUAAGAACUUUAAAUUUUCAUUCUCAAACUCCAAUUUUAAGUUUAAUUUUAAUGUAGAUAAUUCUUAGGUUGUACUUUAUGUGUAAAUGUGAUUCAUGUACUAUAUAACCAUGAUUAAUUAUAUAAGUGCAUAAUUUUGA